AUGGUUUAUUUAUUUGACGUACCUGCAUUUCUUAUUCUCUUCAGAGAGACGGUUGAAUGUAGUGUUAUUCUUGCUGUGCUUCUCAGUUUUGUUAACAAAUUUGUCCCGGAAGACAACCCACAACUGAAGAAAAAAUUAAAGAGACAGAUAUGGAUCGGCACUGCUGCUGGACUUGCUCUCACCCUAAUGCUCGGUGCUAUCUUUGUUGCCAUUUUCUACACAAUAGCAUCUAAUCUCUGGGAAAAUAGUGAAGCAAUAUGGGAGGGUGUUUUCUCCUUGUUAGCGGCUAUCGUAACGUUGAUAAUGUCAUUCGGUAUGAUAAGGGUAAAGCAGUGGAAGACCAAGUGGGAAGGAAAGCUGAAGGAUGCCACCGAACGAUACCUUGACAGGCAUAAGAAGGGAGAAAAGUGGGCUUUGAUCGUUCUUCCAUUCACCGUUGUCGCCAGAGAAGGACUCGAAUCCUUUGUAUUCAUUGCCGGGAUUGGCUUUAAUAAUCCCGCCUCUGGUCUCCCUAUCCCAGUUGUCACUGGAAUUCUCGCUGGCUUUGCUGUUGGCUAUUUUAUUUACAAGGGAUCAAACGUUAUGUCUCUCAACAUUUUCUUCGGCGUAAUGACUGUAUUUUUAUUUCUUAUCUCCAGCGGCUUGUUUACAACAGCCGUUGACGAAUUACACGAAGCAACAGGAAAGUCCGAAAUCGUCUUGUGGAAACUCGAGUGUUGUAGCCCUGAAACGGAUAACGGUUGGAAAAUUGCCAAUGCUCUGCUUGGCUGGAGAAACGAAGCUACAUUGCAUACGACUCUUGCAUAUAUUGCAUGGUGGGUGGUUAUUGCCGUUGGUUUGACAAUUGUUUAUCGUAAAGGCAAGAAGGAGCGUAUUGAAGAUAUCGUUGACGAUCGUGAGAAUGAAAAGAAUGUGGAAAUUCAUGAUGAUGAUGUAGUAUGA